UUAUUACUCAAUAAGAAAAUCAGAAUAAGUUAAACCAUAAUUACACAUAAUUAUACAUAAUCCAUAUGGCAUCCUUGUGUUGAGAUAUAAAUACGAAGAUGGAGUGAGAAUUUGAAGGUAGAGAAAAGGAAGAGAGAUAAGACAAAUACCUAAAGAGGAUCAAUGGUGAUAAAGAGAAUAGAGAUGUGUAUAGAGAUGGUGAAGAUAGCGAAGGAGUUAGUGGUGGUGGUGUCUGAAGCCGUGAGAGUCUUCUUGAGCAACGCUCCUCCGACUCCUCCGGCCCUCCUCCGCCACGGCCCCUACCAUUACUCCGCCUCCUUCUCUCACCCUUCCCCUUAUAUCAUCGGUUAUCUUCCCUGAGAUUAGUAAAAUCUUAAUUAAUCUGUAAUAUUACUGUAAAUUACUUGGUUUUAAGAAAAAUAAUUCUUGUAUAUUAUUUUCUCUUUCAAGAACACAUACUAUGUUUUGGUCAUAUAUCUUGUAAAUCAUUUUCUUUUUUCAAGAACACAAACUAUGUUUUCGCCAUUUUGUAAAUUACUUGCUUUCUAAUUAAUUACAUUCAA